UCCUCCCGUGUUCUAGAGCGUUCUGAGUGAGAGUUAUUGAGGAGGCGCGGCCGCUCCCUCAUCACUGACUGACAGUGGGGACCAGGACCUGACUGCGGUAUUAAAACAGCUAUCUUAACCACAAUACGAUAGAACGACAUAUUCUGAUUGAACAGAGGAACCAUGUCGAAGGGACCAUCAAUCGGCAUUGAUCUGGGCACUACCUACUCCUGUGUAGGAGUGUUUCAGCAUGGCAAAGUUGAAAUCAUUGCCAAUGACCAGGGAAACAGGACCACACCCAGCUAUGUUGCCUUCACUGACACCGAAAGGCUGAUUGGGGAUGCAGCCAAGAAUCAGGUGGCGAUGAACCCCACCAACACUGUAUUUGAUGCCAAACGCCUCAUUGGACGUCGCUUUGAUGAUGCUGUUGUCCAGUCAGACAUGAAGCACUGGCCGUUUACAGUCAUUAAUGAGGGUUCACGUCCCAAAGUCAGGGUGGAGUACAAGGGCGAGACCAAGAGCUUCUACCCGGAGGAGAUCUCCUCCAUGGUGCUGAUAAAAAUGAAGGAGAUUGCAGAGGCGUACCUGGGGAAGACUGUCACUGAUGCUGUAGUGACAGUGCCUGCCUACUUCAACGACUCUCAGCGCCAGGCCACCAAAGACGCAGGGACAAUUUCUGGGCUUCAUGUUCUUCGUAUCAUCAAUGAACCGACAGCUGCUGCUAUUGCUUAUGGCCUGGACAAAAAGGUUGGAGCUGAGAGGAAUGUCCUUAUCUUUGACCUGGGUGGUGGCACCUUCGAUGUCUCCAUCCUGACUAUUGAAGAUGGCAUCUUUGAGGUCAAGUCCACUGCAGGCGACACACACUUGGGAGGAGAAGACUUUGAUAACCGCAUGGUCAACCACUUCAUCUCUGAGUUCAAGCGCAAGUACAAGAAAGACAUCAGCGACAGCAAGAGGGCGGUGCGUCGCCUGCGCACGGCCUGCGAGAGGGCCAAGCGUACUCUGUCGUCCAGCACUCAGGCCAGCAUCGAAAUCGACUCUCUGCAUGAGGGAACUGAUUUCUACACCUCCAUCACCAGGGCGCGCUUUGAGGAGCUGAACGCAGACCUGUUCCGAGGAACCCUGGAGCCUGUGGAGAAGGCCCUCCGAGACGCCAAGAUGGACAAAUCUCAAAUUCACGACAUUGUCCUGGUGGGAGGUUCCACUCGUAUCCCUAAGAUCCAGAAGCUGCUGCAGGACUUCUUCAAUGGAAAGGAACUCAAUAAAAGCAUCAACCCUGAUGAGGCAGUGGCCUACGGUGCAGCUGUCCAGGCAGCCAUCCUGUCAGGCGACAAAUCUGAAAACGUGCAGGACCUGCUGCUGCUGGACGUGACCCCCUUGUCUCUUGGCAUUGAGACUGCUGGAGGAGUCAUGACUGUUCUCAUCAAGAGGAACACCACUAUCCCCACAAAGCAGACCCAGACUUUUACCACCUACUCAGACAACCAGCCUGGUGUGCUCAUUCAGGUGUUUGAGGGUGAAAGGGCCAUGACCAAAGACAACAACCUUCUGGGGAAAUUUGAGCUGAUUGGGAUCCCCCCUGCACCCCGCGGGGUUCCUCAGAUUGAGGUGACGUUUGACAUUGACGCCAAUGGCAUCAUGAAUGUGUCUGCUGUCGACAAGAGCACUGGAAAGGAGAACAAGAUUACCAUCACCAAUGACAAAGGUCGCUUGAGCAAGGAGGACAUCGAGCGUAUGGUCCAGGAAGCGGAGAAGUACAAGGCGGAGGAUGACGUGCAGAGAGACAAGGUUGCUGCCAAGAACGGUCUGGAGUCGUACGCCUUCAAUAUGAAGUCCACUGUGGAGGACGAAAAGCUGAAGGGAAAGAUCAGCGACGAGGACCGAGAGAAGAUUGUGGACAAGUGCAAAGAGGUCAUCAGCUGGCUGGAUAGAAACCAGUCUGCAGAAAAAGAGGAGUUUGAGCACCAACAGAAAGAGUUGGAGAAGGUGUGCAACCCCAUCAUGACCAAGCUGUACCAGAGUACAGGCGGGGUGCCCGGAGGAAUGCCAGGGGGCUUCCCCGGAGGUGGUGCUGCUCCUGGAGGAGGAGCAUCCUCCGGCCCCACCAUCGAGGAGGUCGACUAAACUAAACCAAACCUGCUUGAGCUUGUUCUAUUUCCUUUGAGGUUGGUGUGAGGGGUGUUCACAGUAAAAAUAUCACAUUUUAUACACACAAGCAUUAACCACAUUGUUUUGGGAUUGCGUUGAUAUUUUUUCUAUGCCAUGCUUAAGCCAACUCAUCGACUGUGGCUUUUCUGGCAGGCAGUCUUUCCAGAGGCCUGUUUUGCGUUCAGUUAAACCAGUUAAUGUUUGCAUUACCACGGUGUGCUUUUCCUUCUGAGGUGCCAAAAUGGUCAGUAUUACUCAGCACUUGCAAAAUGAGAGUAAAUAAAGAUUCUAUUGAGAACUGA